AUUCGAACACAGCUCAGUUCCGAUUAUAUACCUCAGUGAUCUAGCCUGCCAAAUGACCUUAUUUCGUAUUUGUUGCGUCGCAGAAGUUUUUGAAGGUGUCAUAGCGUCGUAACCUUACUGGAUUUCUAUUGGCUCAAGCAGCUGUCAUUCAAUAAGUCACCCUAUCGUGGAUCUGUUUAUUAAACCGCUGGGUUGGCUCUUUCCUGCGCCUGCGCACACGGGUGUUUUUCCAUGUUACGCAACUAUGUUCUGUCGCUAAGGCUUAAACAUGUCAUUACCAAACAUGUCUGCCUCCAUGGUGGCUAGAGCGACCGUCCGAGCAGUCAGUAAAAGAAAGAUAUUAGCCACUAGAGCGGCUUUAACGCUGACUCCAUCUGCUGUGAAUAGGAUCAGGACCUUACUAGAGGACAAACCAGAAUACAUUGGUGUCAAGGUAGGUGUGAGGACGAGGGGCUGUAAUGGUAUGACCUACACUCUGGACUUCACCAAACAGAAGGAGAAGGCAGAUGAGGAGGUGCUGCAGGAUGGUGUGCGUGUGUUUAUAGAGAAGAAGGCCCAGCUGACUCUGCUGGGGACAGAGAUGGACUUUGUGGAGUCCAAGCUGUCCAGUGAGUUUGUCUUCAACAACCCCAACAUCAAGGGCACCUGCGGCUGUGGCGAGAGCUUCAACAUCUGAGAGAGUCAAACGUCUCCCUCGCACAUACACACUCACCACCCACAACUCCCCUCGCGCACACUCACCACCCACAAACUCCCUCGCACAUGCACACUCACCACCCACAAACUCCCUCGCACAUGCACACUCACCACCCACCAAACCCCCCCGCGCAUACACUCACCACCCACAAAACCCCUCGCGCAUACACUCACCACCCACAAAACCCCUUGCGCCCACACUCACCACCCACAAAACCCCUCGCGCCCACACACACCACCCAACCCCCUCAUCCCUUCCCUACCUGGAGGCCUGUGAGUGAAGUGAAUAAAGUCCUGAUGGACACAACGUGAGA